GGGGGAGAGUCUAGCAGUCAGGACCAGAAGAACAACUACCCGGUUAGACUGACCGUCCAGAUCCUACGAGACCCCCUCCUCAACACUCAUGGACUCACCCUGACACCUCAGACACCCAUACUGGUGCAGGACGUCACCCCAGCGGGGCCGGCUGAUGGAAGGCUAGUCCCUGGCGACCAGGUCGUAAAGAUCAACAAUGUGGCCGUCGACGACCUGACCCCAGAGCAAGCGGCUGACCUCAUCAGGGAGUGUCAGUACUCUGUGAUGAUAACGGUCCUCAGAAACUCAGCGGGACCCAAGUCUUCCUUCAUCACCCCAGAGAAGAGAGCUAAACUCCGGUCCAACCCAGUCAAAGUUCGCUUUGCUGAGGAGGUUGAAGUCAACAGUCACUCUCAGGGCAACUCGCUGCUCUUCCUCCCCAACGUUCUAAAGGUGUAUCUGGAGAACGGACAGACCAAGGCCUUCAAGUUUGAACCCAACACCACUGUCAAGGACAUAGUGAUGACCCUGAAGGAGAAACUGUCUCUGUCUCGUAUCGAACACUUCUCUCUGGUUCUGGAACAGAAGUAUAGCAUCAGUAAACUACUGUUACUACAUGAAGAGGAGAGGAUACAACAGGUGGUUCAUCAGAAGGAAGUCCAUGACUACAGGUGUCUGUUCAGAGUGUGUUUUAUACCCAGAGAACCUGAGCACCUGUUACAAGACGACCCCACUGCCUUCCAGUACCUCUACCUGCAGGGUAUAAAUGAUGUGCUACAGGAGCGUUUUGCGGUGGAGAUGCGUUGCAACACGGCCCUGCGUCUGGCAGCCCUGCACAUACAGGAGAGACUAGCCAGCUGUGGACAGUCACCUCGGACCAAACUCAAGAUCAUCACGAAAAGUUGGGGCAUUGAGAACUUUAUCUCUUCAACCCUCCUGAGGAACAUGAGGGAGAAGGAUCUGAGAAAGGCCAUUGGCUAUCACAUGAAGAAGAGCCAAUCACAGGAGCCAAAGCAGAAGGUGCUGUCGGCCAAUCAGGCGAAGAUUAACUACCUGGAGGAGCUGUGUGACCUCAAGUCCUUUGGCGGGAAGUCCUUCAGCGCCACCAUGAUGCUCCAGGACAGAGAGUCGAUGGUGACCCUGUUGGUGGGGUCGCGGUACGGUAUCAGUCAGGUGGUGAACCACAAACUGAGCAUCAUGACCACACUCACAGAGUUCAGCAGUAUCACACGCAUAGAGCUGCUGCCAGAGUCUGACCGUGUUAGUCUGGUCAAGAUAUAUCUACAGGACAUCAAGCCUAUCACCCUGUUGUUGGAGUCAGUAGCAGCUAAGGAACUGUCCUGUCUGGUGGCAGGGUACUGUCGUGCCCUAGUGGACCCCAGCCUCAUCAUCUUCCCCUGGACACAGGACGCCAAGCAGCACCGUGUGUCCGCCGAGGAGGGUUAUGUGUCGCGGUGUGGCAGUGACUCGGACGAUUCCUCCGACAUGGACAUGGACACUCUCAUCUCCCUUGUAUCCCAUAACAACAAGCGAACCACAUCAGACCCUGUCGGUCUACGCCGGAUUAUGGAGGAGAGGAAAGAGGAGAGGAAAGAGAGGAAGGAGAGAGAGGAGAGGAAAAGAAGGGAGAAGGAGAACAAGUGGAGCCCCCCCAUCCCCAGCCUCACCCACGAGGGGGUGCAUCCUCACCCCAAGGAGGGGCAGGAGAGUGGAGAGGAGAAGGAGAACCUGAACUAUGCUGAGCUCUCUCUCAUGCUGGAGUACCUCCCCAGUCCUCCGGAGAGAGACGCAAGGCAUUACUACAAUAUCUGCCCUAAUGUUACCCCUGACAGCACCCGCACCCGCAGCCUCACCCACCCUCACCCUGAGACUGAGGAAGAGGAGGGUGGUGGUGAGGAGGAAGAGCAGGGGGCGCUCCUAACCCCUGGAGCCUGUGCCCAUCCUCCAGCCGCCUCCAGGACCGACUUCACCUCAACAGUCUCCUACCCUGGACCGGACCAAAACCAGGAGCGGAAUAGGGACUGGAACCCAGAUCACAUUCCUGAUCAGUAUCCGGACCGGGCACAGAACCGGACAGAGAGUUCAGAUGAAAGCCAGCAGCUGAGUCUGGACCCAGAACCCUCUGAGCAGAGCCAGAACCCAUGUCCUACUGUCUCUUCUCUGAGCCACGCCGAGGGGGAGGCGUCCCAGCUCGAGUCCAAGCCUAUCCUCACCAAGCCCAGCCCAGAGGGGUCCCAUCGGGGACCUGGAGAGCCAUGUGUGCCUGGUAACCCAAAAGGAGAUCCACGGGCGCCUGAUAACCCGAAGGCUAACCUCCAUAGGAGCUCCAGGAGCAGGCGGCAGUCCAUGGAGACGGAGCCUGACGUGAUGGAGUCCAAAUCGGUCACUGCCCUGGUGACGGCAGCCUCCCUCUCCAUCACGGCUGUCCGCUGUAGAGUAGAACCAGACGGCAAGGAGAGCACUGAUCGGAGAGGAGACGGGGAGGAGGUGGAGGGAGAGAUGGAGGAGGAGGAGGGGGGCGGAGAAGCAGGACCAUUCACAUGCUUCCUCCUCCGGCCUUGCUCACCGGGCAUCAUCGGGCAAAGCCUCUCGGCCUCCACAUUACGGGGGAAGAUCCAGAACCUGCCCCUCUAUUUAUCUCGCUCCCAGGAAACCCUCACCCUCUCUGGGGUGGGAAGCCUCAACAGGAACCCUUCUCCGGAGACCACCAGCAACAAGACUGAGGUAAUGGUCACCACCGAAACCACCAAGGACGACGAUGUCACAAAAUUGGUGACAGUGGAGGAUUUGAAAGAUUCCGGGGUGGCGUUGGCAGAGUCGGAUGAUUCCGAGGUUACGCUGACAGAAUCGGAGGUUGGCGAGGUUGUUGUGGAGACGGCCGGGGCGGAAAUCACGAGGUUGACGGUUUCGGAGGUCAAGGAGGUGGUCGAGAAGGUUGUGAUGGUCUACGGAUCCUCCCUUCCUCCCCCUUUAGCACCCAUCUCUCUUGAGUCCAAACCAGAUCAUCCCAAAAUGAUUGUCAAGUUGCCUACCUGUCCCAUUGCUACAGUGGAAACUGCCCCUCCUAUGGCUCCUGCACCUAUCUGUCUGGAGCUCAAACUAGUCACUGAACUACUCUCCCCAGGCCCCACUAUCCACAAAAUGCCCGCCCCAUUAACUUCCUGUCCUUCCUCUCCCGUGCCCAUACGCGUAGAGCCCAAACCAGACCAUGAACCACUAUCCAUACGCUCCAAAAUGGCCGCCUUGUCGUCUACUUAUCCCCCUGCUUUAGUGGUAACCACACAGAGUCUGAAUUUCUCUUCUUCUAAUCCUCCCCCCAUCAGAGUAGAACCCAAGCCAGAGCCUUGCCCUGAACCCCUAUCAGGCCCCAAAAUGUCCGCUCCAUUGGUUUCCUGCCCCUCUGCUAUAGUGGUGACCACACAGAGUCUGAACGGACCGGGGCUCAGCUUCCCUGGUUAUAACAUGAGAGGACGGCCAUUUGGGAGCAACAGCUUCUGUAAACCCCCAGGUGAGGAGGCAGGCCUGCUGAACACUCUGACUACAGGCUGUGGGGUCUUCACCUCCACCUGUGAGACCCAGCCCAACCAGGCCCACAUGGAAUCCUAUUCCCCAGCAAAGCCUGAUUUUGGGUGUAGCUCGGUGCUGGCAUCAGGGUGCGAGACGGUCCUGGAGGGGGUGCAGACGCCCCUGGAGGCAUGCAGGUGUCCGCCACCGCUGGUUUAUACCAACUGUUUCAGCGGGGGUGACAGCUUCGACGAUGAGUUGACACCGACUACGCCACCGCCGCUUCCCACCGCCCCCGCAGGGUUCCAGACCAUCCGGAGUGACGUGGACGAGCUUCUCACCCUCCUGCAGGGGGGGAGGAUGGGGGGGAAAGGGGGGAGGCACCCCAGGGAGACCUGCGCCACCCACUUCUCAGAAAACAAGCGUCUUCUCCACAUGGAGGCCCGGAGGCUGAUGGCCGGCUGUCAGAAGGUGGUCCGGGUGGGGCAGACCCCGGAUGAGAUGCUCUUCUCCCUCUCUGACAGCUUCAGGACCCUGGUGGGCAUGGCCGGCAUGUGCCUGUGGUUCUCCGGGUGCGACCGGUGCGACCGGAGGAAUGCCGAGGCACUAGCGGGGCUGGCGGACGUGGCCAGAACGUACCGGGAGUUUGUGCUGGCAGCGGAGAGGGCGAGCGGGAGGCGGAGCUGUCAUGACCUCAGCACCAAGCUUCUUGCCAAGCAGUGUACUGCCCUCACUGCUUCCGUCUUCUGCCUCACACAGCUGUUCCGCACACUCACCGCCCUCUGAACUGAACCAACGAACUCUGACCCCUAUAACAACAAAUAGGUUGACCUUUCAAUUCUGACCUCUAGACCCACUACACAGGGUUGCCAGCCAAUCAGUCAGUCACCAGGCUGAGUGGGGAAUGAAUGUGUGAACUGCAACAAGUCCACGUAGU